CGCCACAAGUGUUCGUGGCGUGCUCGCGCGAAGAGGUGCUGCUCCCAUAUUCCAUCCGUAUCGCAAACACGCACCCAACGCGGGGCAUCUCCACUCUCCACCAGUCAUUCCCUACCCAAUUCCCACCAAAUAAAAUCCGAAUAAAAGAAAAGAAAAUUUUUAAAGUAAGAGAAUCGUAAUUUCCCAGUAAAAUGACUUAACAAACGAGAAUGAUUUGUUGCCAAUUGAGAGAUCAUUUUGGAAAAUUCCGAGGUUGGCAGGGCCAGUAGAAAAAAACCCAAUAUCAUUGACAGACUAACAACGUACCCAGUGUUUAUAAAAAAAUUGACAUUAAUCUGGUGGCAUCAGUGAACGACGAGGAUAAUUAAUUUUUUUUUUCGUAACAAUGGCGAUUAGUACAGUGGAUGGACGAGUAAACGUGUAAAGCAAUAGUCCCUGUUAUCCAUGUAUCUGUGACAUUAUGAUAGGACCGGUGCUGGGAGACAGGAAGGGAUCGUCGUAGGGGAGAUAUUAGUAACAGUGCGUGUGUAUUCUACCACAUCACGCUUUAAUCGUAAAGCACCCAAGGUGGCACAGAUUGAGAGAGACCCCAUCAGCAACACAUCCUCUUUUGUCGGCUACAUCAGGAUUUUGUGAUUUUUUCGCGUCCCAAAUUAUCGUUUUUCAUCGUCCAUCGAAGAUCAAUGUGUGGACAAUGGGUGUUGUGUGUUUACCUCAUCAGUGAAUUUGUGGGAUCGGUGAUAAUCAGCGCAAGGGGCGAAAAAAAAAAUUGACAUUAAUUUUUUUUUUCAACUCAUCGAUACGAGAGCAGUUCACGGGACCCCCUGUUACAGAAGGGACAGCUCCUCAUACCCUUCACCGCCUGUCCACUUCCGACACACCGGAAGUACAUACAUGCGAACAAUUACAGCGGAAUUGCAUACGAUACAUUUCGAUAACUGAGAGGAAUUAAUUGGAAUUUAAUAUGGAAGUUGCAUCAGAAUUAUCACCACUUUCUGGAAGUGACUCGGCGAAGCCGGUGGAGAGGAGCUCGUACUACUCCCAGGAGCCUAGCAAAAGGCCACAAACUAGACGACAGCGAAUCACAUCAUGCCUGUCUCACAAUGCCCUGACGAUGCUGACCAUCGCCGGAGUCGUUGGAGGAAUUGUCCUUGGAAUCUGCUUGAAGGGGGUUGGUAAAUGGUCGGCCCGGGAAAUCAUGUACGUCAACUACGCGGGUGAACUAUUCCUCAGGAUGCUCAAGAGUUUGAUUCUACCCCUCAUCAUCUCGAGUCUUGUCUCAGCCAUUGGAUCACUCGAUCUGUCGUUGAGUGGGAAGAUCGGGGCCCGUGCCAUUACGUAUUACAUGGUUACAACAGUCAGUGCAGUCGUUUUGGGCAUCAUCCUGGUCAUGUCAAUUCAACCUGGCACGCUAUCCAGAGGAGAGGACAUGAAGAGCACUGAAAUGGCCAAGAGUGUUAACACUGCUGACACCCUUAUGGAUUUAGUCAGAAAUAUGUUUCCUCCGAAUUUGGUGCAGGCCUGUAUCUCGCAAUAUAGAACUGUACUUACGAAGAGAGCUAAUGAUACCGAGGACAAUAACACGUGGGGCAUCAGUGGUGAGGACACCUCAGGAAUGAAUAUAUUGGGUCUGGUUGUCUUUGCAACGGUCCUGGGAAUUACUCUUGGGAAAAUGGGACCAGAUGGCAAACCACUGCUCAAUUUCUUCGAGGCAUUGUCCUCCGCCAUGAUGAUCAUCACCAACUGGGUCAUCUGGCUAUCUCCCCUGGGUGUCCUCUUCUUAGUGACCUCAAAAGUCCUGGAGAUGCAGACAUUCGACGAAGUAUUGAGUCAACUGGGAAUGUAUUUCCUCACCGUCAUAAUAGGUCUCUUUAUCCACGGAUUUUUCGUACUGCCACUCAUCUUCUACAUCUUCACGAGGAAAAAUCCCUUCAGAUACGUUUACAAUAUGGCACAAGCCAUUGCCACUGCAUUUGGUACAUCAUCGAGCUCGGCAACACUUCCAAUAGCCAUUGGAUGCCUUGAGGAGAGAAAUGGAAUCGAUCCCAGAGUUGCACGCUUUGUCAUGCCAAUCGGUGCCACUAUCAACAUGGAUGGUACAGCUCUUUAUGAGGCUGUUGCAGCGAUUUUCAUCGCUCAGGUUCGCAAAGUACCUCUGUCAUUUGGACAACUGGCGGCUGUGAGCAUCACUGCAACGGCAGCUAGCAUUGGCGCUGCUGGCAUACCCCAGGCUGGGUUGGUGACGAUGGUCAUGGUCCUGGACACUGUUGGUCUCCCUGCUAAUGAUGUCACCCUCAUUAUUGCCAUUGAUUGGCUAUUGGAUCGCUUCAGAACAUCGGUGAAUGUCGUUGGCGAUUCUUUGGGCGCUGGUAUCGUCAAUUACCUGAGUAAAAAUGAACUAGCCGCAAUGCCGUACCAUGUUCAAUCGCAAAACGGUGCCGAUCGUCACACAACGUCGAUAUGAAUAGAUCGACCUGGACACCAAUGACAAUAAUUGCCUCUCCAGGCAACUGGCGGGCGUUAACGAGAUUAAGAAGAUAAUCCAAAAGAGAGAAUAUUAAAGCAAAAGAAAAACCUAAAAUAAUGUAUGUAAUGCAGGUAUUAACCCUCUACGGACACAAUGGGGUUGCUCAUCCCCCGUUAGAUUUUCUCUCGAGUAUUAUUCCUAUACAUGUGCACUCCGCGGUAUUUAUCUGAUACCGUAAUUUUCGAGGGAAAAAUUAUCAUUAUAAUAGAUCGAACAGUCAACAGCUCAGUUUACGUUAAAUGUAGAUUGGGGUAAAGAUUUUCGAGUUAAUUAUGGCUGCUUUCUCGCUUACGUUGUUUCAUCCUAUUGAUCAAUCAAUUCGUUCAUUUCUUAAUCUAAAAUCGAGUGGCUAUGUCAGAAGAAAGUUUGAGUUUGUCAAGUGAGUUCGAAAACUUUAAAGCUUUUCAGAAUAUUAGAAGCUUUUGAAUUUUUUACUAUUCUUAGAGUGUUUAAAAGGUAUAUUUCGAUGAAUGUCCCGGUCUGUCAACUUCGCACUUGUGACAAAUUUCGUCUCACUUGAAUUGAACAAUAUUUUUCAUUAUACGAGUCGAAAAAGUGGGUUUUUGGGCACACGUCGAGUCCCUCAAAACAUCUCUUCCACACAUUAUGAUGAAAAAUUCUGUUCCACAUCCCUCACAAAAAUAAUGUUUAGCUCAUUACGAAAUAUCCUAUUUUGCCAACAAUACCUUUAGCAAGUGAUCAAACCGCGUCUUUCCCUUUACUUUUCAUUGUCGAGUGAUCGAAAAAGCACUUUACGACAGCAAGUGAACGUAACAUAAGUGCUAGAACAAUAUAUUCUUGACCCGGGAGGGGUGUGGAGGCUUCCAAGUGUCGAAGCACACGUUUUCCACGAAUGUCGAAUCCUAUUUUUCAUCACAAUAUCUGAGAUUUGCAAACACGUGAUGGAAUACAUUCUCCACUGACCAGAACCGCACGAUUUUUAACCCCAACAGGGUAGACCUUAGCAGGAGAGGAUAUAAUGAAGUUGAGCGAGUUGGUCGUUGGGUUUGUAAUGCAAGGUGAAUGUAGCCAUGGCGUGAGGUGAUAAAUUACUUCAAUAUAAUGGUAGAAAAUACGCUCAGGAGGUAUACCCGUGGAGGGUUAAACUUCAACCCCGUAACGCUCGAACAAAUCACCGCCUAAGUGUUCUAGCAGCCUCUGUGUUUCAUUGUCAAUCGUUUAUAUUAUUUUACCAAACCGAAGAAAGUAAAUUAAUUAUUGUUUAUGGAAUAUGUUACCUUCGUUAAUCUCAUGUAGUUUAUUUUAGCAAUGGGCCAAUAACGAUUAACUAACCACUCAAAUUUGUGCCAAAUAUAUUAAUAAAUGAUGUUCAUAAUACGAUAAAAGUAUAUCGUUAUACAAUUUGAUCACAUCAAGGACAUUAAUAUCGUUCGUUGUACAUAAAAACAUUGAACACAUAACAACGAAAAAGAAAAUAAUAUGCACAAAGUUUAAGUAAAAAAAAACAAUGAUACGUCAACAAUAAUUAAUGGCCCAUUUUUUAUUACUUUUAAUAAUUUUUCCAUUAUCAAUUAUAUCAGUAGAUAAUAAUUAUAAUGCAAUUGAUAUACGUGUAUACAUAUAUAAUUAAUGAGUCAUAGGUACUAAUACAAAUAAUAUAUGGAUUAUAGCAAACGAUUAUAUCAAUUUUAUGGAAUAAACGCUGGCGGCCAUAUCGAUUGAAUCGACUUGAAGAAAAAAAAAUAAUAUUUAUUAUAUAUAUACAAAUAUAUUAUUAUGUAUACAUAGAUCUAUGUAUAUGGAAAUUCAGUAAGUGUUCAGAUGAAAAUUUAAUGAAAUUUAAUUAUUGAAACGUACCAUUGCAAUUACUUUGAGAUUGAUGUCAAUACAGCUGUGAAGCUAUACACAAUUAAACAUUCAAUUUAUUGUUGUCAAGAACUCACUAAGUGGGUGCAUAAAUAUGCAAUAUAAAUUUUAAUUGUGGGCACGUCAAGAGUUAAACGACGAGCUCGAUGUUCGUUGAUUAAAAAUUAAUAUGGGAAAUAUGAAAAAAUGUAAUUGUGUAUGAACAUUGUAUUCGAGGCUUGAAAAACAUGAAAAGUAAAAUAAAAAUGUUGUUUAAAGUG